AUGUUGUUUGUUAUGGUUAUGGAGUCCCUGAACUCGCUUAUCCGGGAAGCUGAUCGUCGAGCAGCACUGUCCCUGCUCCCGGCACAUGUCAUAGCCCACCGUGCAUCCUUCUAUGUUGACGAUCUCGUGUUUUUUGUUGCCCCAGAACCGAAUGACCUGAAUUGCCUGCAGCAGAUCCUACAACUCUUUGCUAGAGCCUCUGGUUUGGUCACAAACGUCGACAAAUAUGUGUUGACCCCCAUCAGGUGCACCGAAGAUAUGAUCCAGGUAGCUCAGCAAGCGUUUCCAGGCAUUGUCGUGCCAUUCCCAUGCAAAUACCUUGGUAUUCCUCUAUCAAUUUGGAAGCUCAGGCAUACAAAUGAACAAGCACUGGUGGACAAAGUCGCGGCGAGGAUCCCAACAUGGAAGUCCGGUCUCCUCACACAUGUCGGCAGGGUUCUCCUCAUAAAAGCCAUGCUAUCGGUGAUCCGAGUUCAUUUGAGCAUCACCUGUUGUCUCUUCUCGUGGGCCGUGGAACAAAUUGACAAACAUUGUCGGGCGUUCCUGUGGGAUGGCACUGAAAAGGUCAUGGGUGGGAAGUGCAAGGUGGCUUGGCCGACGGUCUAUAAGCCAACAGUCUUGGGGGGUCUUAGUGUCCUUGAUCGCCGCUUCUUUGGCAUUUCCUUAUAUCUACAUUGGGAGUGGCUAGCAAGGGUGGCUGGCAAGGGUUCCUUAUGUCUACGAUGGAACAGUUUGCCGUCUAAGCCGGAAAAGAAAGACCUCGCCAUGUCCUCCAUCAGUAUGUCUGUGGUUGUCGAAGACGGUGAGUCCGUGCUGCUAUGGACUGACUCCUAG